AUGACGUCCGAGGCGCAGGAAGUGCUGAGCUUCUGGUUCGAUGGCGACCAGGCCGAGACGUACCGCUCUAAGUGGUUCCCGUCCGACGGCUCGGACAGGCAGCAGGCCACCGACGUGCAAGUUGCGCAACAGUUCGGCGCUCUGCUCGCGCGCGCGGAGGCCGGAGAGCUCGAGAGCUGGCGCGACGAGAGCCCCGACGCCUGCGUGGCGCUCAUCCUGGUGCUGGACCAGUUCUCCAGACACGUGUACAGGGACCGCAAUGCUGCUGCAAACGCAGAGCAACUCAAGCGCAACGACGCCCAUGCACUGGCAAUUGUGGAGCAGAGCUUGCUCCCCAAGCGCUGGCACGAGACGCUGCCCGUGCCGCGCUUCGUGUUCGCGCUGAUGCCGCUGCGUCACUCACCGACACCCGAGCGGCUCAAUGACGUCCUUGCGGCCAUUGAAGCCCGUCGCCAAUUGCAGGAGCAACACGGCGACUUGCUGGAGAAGUUCCGGCGCACGACGACUGGGAGGUUGCAGCACCUGCGAGGAGGACCCGACACGGAGUCGACGACGGGUGGCAUCUCGGACGACGACAUCCUGGAGCGCGCGUUCAUGGAGACGGACGAGAGCGACAUGCCCAGGAAUCGGCUGUACAGGGCUAUGGAUGAGUAUCUGACGCAGAUGAAGGCUCGUGAGCACUCGCACCUGGCCGUGUCGCUGUCUGGAGGAGUGGACUCGAUGGUGGUGGCGUACCUGAUGCACAAGCUGAGUGACAAGCACGGAGGGUUCAAGAUCGUGGCGGUGCAUCUUGACUAUGGCAACCGCGCUGAAAGUGGAGCCGAGUGUGACUACGUGCGUCGUUGGUGCGAGAGGUUUGGCAUCAUUUUCCACGUCCGAAGGAUUGACGAGGUGAAGCGAGCAACCACUAAGCGUGAUGACUACGAGCGCGUGUCACGGGAGAUCCGAUACACCACGUAUGCGGAGGUGAUGGAGAAGUACGGGAUCCCUGGUAUGUGCUUUGGUCACCACCGUGGCGACGUCCAGGAGAACGUUAUCUCCAAUAUGAUGAAGGGGCUGAGCCUGCUGAACCUGAACGGCAUGGCGGCUAGCAGUAUCGUGAACGGCGUCCGCAUCUGGCGUCCGCUGCUGGACUUCGACAAGGACAUCAUCUUCGACUACGCCCACCGAUACGGCAUCCCGUACUUCAAGGACACGACGCCCAAGUGGAGCACGCGCGGCAAGCUGCGCAACCACCUCGUCCCGCUGCUCCGGGGUAUGUACGGCGACGGGUUCCUCAACAACCUGUCGGCUCUUGGCGCCGAGUCGACGCAGUGCGCGGAGCUCGUGGACUCUCAAGUGCUGGCGCCCAUCAUGCAGUCGGUCGGACAGAGCGAAGUGGCUGUGUGGGUGGACUGCGGCCUGCUCUCGGACCAGCCCUUCUUCGUGUGGAAGGAGGUGUUCCGGCAGGUGUGCCACUCCAUCAUGGGCAACAGCAUGGUGCGCGAGAAGCCGCUGCACGAGCUCAUCCAGAAGCUGGAGCGUCUGGAGGCCGGUCCCGUGGGCAAGGCCAAGCACAAGAACAAGGACGCCGAGGUCGGGUCCUGGGUCACGCUCAAGAAGGGCAACCGGUCGUUCCUGACCAAGGACAAGCAGCUCAUCAUCUUCCGCGACCGGUUCUUCCCUCGCAAGGCGUACGCGGCUGCCCAGCUCCCCAUUGUCGCGGGCGAAUCGUACGUGUUUGGUCCGUGGCAGGUGAAGACGGAACUGCUGGACGGAGACCAUGCCAUUGUCCAAGAGCUCCGCGACCGCAAGCCGUUGGCCGUGUGGGACCUCGUGCACGCCAGCGGCCUGUCGUACGUGUUCCCCAACGCUCCGCAAUUGGUGAUCGACUGCGACUCGCGAUUCCACGUGCUGCGCGCCAUCGAUAAGGUCAUCACGGACGCCAUGCCCAUCGUGUCCUCGGUCGGCGCCUUCGACGUCGUCACGCCCGGCGACGUCACCUCCAAAUGGGUACAUGUCACUAUGCGCUACACCAACUCCCAAUAG